AUGGCGGCGGCGUGUGAAGAAUUUCCGAGCGAAUCUUUACUUCAAGAACUAAUUUCUUCAUUUCCUCUAGAAUGGCAAGGCCUGUUUGCUGCUCUGAAUGUAAAAGAAAGUCUUACAAUUCAUUCUGGCACAAAAUGGCUGCGAGAUAACUCGUCUCAAUUGCAGAAAAACUUUAUUUCUCCACACUGGCCAGAUCUACUGCGUUCGCUAUGCCUUCUGUUUCCACUGGUUCUAAACAAAGAUGUAAUUGUAUUUCAGCCAAAGUUUGCUUGUUUCACGUUAAAAAUACAAAGAAACAUACUGUGUUUUAUUGUUUAUUAUUCAGAGAGCAUUCCUGUUGAUGAUAUUAAGGUAUUUGAGUCAAUAAAUGCAAAUUUGUAAGGUCAAAAAUGGCACAUAUUUGCAUUUUUAAACCAACCCUCCCCCUAUUGAGGACAUGCCGAUUUCCCAAUAGCCCCCUCCCCCCAAAGUGAACCCAAAAUGAAGGAAUUUCCAUGGGAGGGUUCAAUUUUUGAGGCAAAUCUGUGGAAAUUCCACAGGGUAGGUAUAAAAAGUGACUAAAACUUAUGGAAUUUCCAUGGGAUGGUCAACAUGCAAUGGAAAAGAAAUUUCAGAGGGCAGAGGAUAGGUUAAGAAAUCAGGAAAUUCCACUGACUAGUCGGAAAUUGUCAAGGAGUUUCCAUGAGGUGGGUGGGGUGAAAACUUCCAGACUGAACAGUACUUGAAGUUGUUCUUAAUUGAUUAAACAAUUGAUUGGCAAAGAUUAAUAUUCAAUUCCUUCUUGUCAAUCAGUUAAUUGUACUGAUGCAUUUAAUAUUUUAUUUUGCAACUCAAGGUAUUUGUUUCAAUGCUAGUAAGGUUACCUCAAAUGAAGCAAUCCUGGUGUGCUGCUCUGGUUGCAACACUUGAAACAAAGAUCAAUAACAGAAAAACAGAAAAUGCCGACAUUGGGAAGACAAAGUCUAGUAGUUUUUAUUUGAAGGAUAAGAAGACAAGGAAAGUGAAGAUUUCUGUCUGCAGUAUUUCUGAAAGUAAUCAAACAAGACUUGAUAAUUUAUGUUCGAGGAUAAAAACUAGUUCAGCAUCAAGUAGUUCUUUGCUGACUGCUAGACUUGAGCUCAUGGCCAAUUCAAAAGAAGGCCAAAUUGAUGCUGCCAAGUGUGAAGAGCUGAAAAUUGAUCAAGGCAAAUGUAACCCAGUGACUGAUAUGGAAGUUGACAAUUCUAUCCAAUCAGAAGUAAUUGAAAUUUCUGACGACUCACCUGAAGCAUCACCAAGUGAACCUAUUGAAAUUCCCAACCCCCCUGUCUUGUCAACUCACAAAACCAUGGACGUCACAGUUCACUCUCAAGUAAUAUCACUUACUCGAGCUGUAUCUGAAGUACCUUACCCCCAGCCUGAUGAUUCAACCUUACACAAAACAAAUGAAAUCCCAGCUAAAUCUCUAGCAGCUUUGCCAACUUUGUCUGAAAUACCGAACCCCCCUGACCUGGAAAUCCAAAACAUGGAAGUUGAACUUUCUGAAGAAGAUGCUUUCAUGAAUCAAUAUAACCAUUUGAAAAACCAUUUAAGGUCUUCAGAAGAUCUAGAUGUUGAACUUAUCCAAGAAUUUUUAAACUGUUUUCUAGAAAAUACACUUAAAGAUUUGGUGACGAUUUUCACGUUUUUGGAAAUGAGCACAAUUCCUGAAACCUCGACAAUCAUGCUUAUCAAGCAAUUUUUGUUGUUAGAGAAAGAGUGUAGCUUCCAGGCAACUGUCAUAUUUGCUUACCAUUGUAUUAGUGUGUGGUUAGGUGGUCUACAGUCGGCCCCAUCACGAAACCUGCUUGCAGCUGUGACAACCUUUGCACAGAAGCAUCCAAAGGCGUUUGUUGAUGGUGUCAUGGUGAAACAAUUCAAUACAACAUCUUUGCUGUGGCCACAAUGUGACUUGACUGUUAAAGUUGUCAAGAAUUUUGAAAAAGAAACAUUGCAGUAUUUCAUGGAAAAAUUGGCAAAAUCUAAUGAGAAGGAUUCAUUUUCAGUCUGGAAUGAACACAUGAUCCUAGUGCUCUCAACAGUCUUGGAAAGACGAUUAGAACUAGAUGUGUCAAUUUUUGAGAAAUUUGCAAACUGGUUGCAAUUCCAGUCAUUGCCACUUGCAAGUAAUUUAAAAUUUGCAAAGUUAGUGUUAACAAUAAUCAACAAGUAUGGCUCUCUUGUAAAAUCAUGGUUGCCUACUUUUAAACAAAUAUUGAAGGAGAAUAACACGUUUCUUAAGAAGUCCGGUUUGACCGCUUUGAAAAAACUGGAAGAAUGAUAUUUUUGUCUUAUGUUUAAAAACUGGUGAAUUUCUGAGACAGGUAACUAUCUUUUAAUUUAUUUUUUAAUAUAAAAAAUAAUAUUGUGAUCAAUAACAAUGUAAUAAAUAAUAAUGUAAUAAUAUAAUGUACUUAUUAUAAUUAUUAUUAUAAUUAGAUAAUUGUAAUAAUUAUAUUUUUGUUCAAAAAUAAGUAUAAUUACCGUAAUGACUUAAAAGGGGUUAAUCCAAUCAACGAUGCAGUCAUCUAGAUGUACAACAACUAAGGAAUCAAUCCAUUGACAGUAUUACCUGUUUUUAUAGUUACAGUAAGUCUUAUAGUUACAAACACUAAAGAGUUGCUACAAGCAUAAGAGAUUCUACAAUAAGGUUUUUAAAUUCCUAAUCCCGUUUUCAAGUUUCUUAUACUAUUCUCUAUGUUACUUUUUUGCUGCAGAUACUGAUUAUUCUCGUUACGCGACUUCUCAAAAUCUCGGAAUCCUGCCUUUUUUCUUCCCGCUUGCCGUUUAAUUUACCAAAACAAACGCUAUCCCGCAUUCCAAAAAACAUCUUGCAGACUUCAGUUGAAAUGUUUUAAGAAUUAAGUCCUCCGUUAACUGAACGAUCAAGACAGAAAGAAUAAGAACUGUUGUAAGCUAGGUUUCACUACACUUUUAGAUGAGUUCUAUAGCAAUAGACGGCAAUAUUUUGACUUUUUCCCACUCAAUGGCUUAAGCUACAAAAAUAUUUCAUUUUCUCUUCACAGGUCCUGAUUUAUCAGAUGGCUGACUUAUGCUUGGUCCACUGCCAUCAUCAGACUGUAUUGUACUGUAAGAUGGUCAAUGCUUGGUCUGUUAAUUCCCACGCUGUAUUGUCUGUGGUAACGUGGAUAUUAAGUAAUACUUCAUCUAGGCUCAUCUCGAGAAUCGUAUCCCUAAAAGGUAUGUUGAAAGUAUUGAAUGACGUAUUGAAAACGCCUUGAGUUCUGCUAGAAAGUGAUAAGGAAAUGCCACUGUAUAUUUAUUUAUAUGUUUCUUA